AUGAAGUUGAGAAUUAUUCCAUACUUUCUUAGCCAGUAUGUAUGGAUAAUUAUUAUAAGUCUACCACUCUUAUCUAUCGUAAUUACACCCAGAAAAGUCACUACAAAGGACUUCUUUUCACAAGCAAGAACUAGUCCAUUUAAUGACUCAGAAAUACCAACUUGGUUCCUUCAUGGAACUGAUCUUCAUGUCAGUUCAACUCGUAAGGGAAGUUACGAAAACAUUUUAAACCAAUUAAAUAGAUCAAUUAAUCUUUUAAAGCCAAAGAAAAUCAUUUUGACAGGAGAUUUAGUUGACAACAAAGAUGAAGGAGCGAAACGUCCCUAUACAUAUCAACACGAAAAUGAUUGGAACGCAUACAAGAAAUUAUUAGCCGAAUUGAACUUAACAGGCGAUUCCAGACUAGUUCAAGUUGCUGGAAAUCACGAUAUCUACGAUCUCAUCAGCUAUGACUCUAAGCAUCACUAUGCAAAUAAUACUUUAUACAAUUUUUCCGAUUUUCAAAUGAAAAGAAUACCGCUCGAUAUUCCAGGCAUUACAGCAUCCAUUCUAGCUAUCAAUCCAUUCCAGUUCCCAACUCCUCCGAUUGAUCUUACUUGGUUUACUUCUCCAAAGUACGGUAUUAUCAAGAAUGUCACUAACGAGAUUAUAAACAACAACGAUGACAUCCAAAUACUUGCUCACCAUCAUCCAGCAUUGAUGUGGUAUCCAAAUAACGGAAUGGAUUCUUCAUCAUCAUAUGCUCAGUACUUAAAGCGCACAUCCAAUGUCCGCAUGAUUCUUUGUGGCCACAGACACCCAGAGCAUCCAGUUUUCCAACAUUUCGGAGACGUAUUAGAAGUAAUUGGAACUCCAUGGCUUUUCUACAACGACAGAGUUGGUUUAAUCACAUAUGACAACAGGAGAAUCACCUACCAUGAAGUAGACAUCACAAAAGAUCACGUAGCAGUCAUGACAGCUCCUUCUCCAGUGAAACAAGUUUCAGGACUCGAUAUUUUCUCAGAAAGAAAGACAAGAAUCAGAGCUCUUUACUUCGGAGAAACCCCUGGCAACUUGAGUGUCAGAGGGUCAGCUAAUGGCAAGCUAAACUGCAACAGACAGAUCGAAGAAAGUGUCUGGUUAUGCACAAUGGAAGCAGAGUUUUCAAAUGGAUAUCAUAACUUGACGAUGGUCGGUGAUUGGGAAGGAAACAUCUCAUUUACGGUCAAUCCAACAGUAAGAGGUUUCGAUGAACAGAGUUAUUUAACUGAGCAUUCCAUUGCUUAUACAUUUUUGUUCGCUUGGUUUUUAAUUGUUUCUAUUGUUAUCACGUUACCUGUCAAUUUUUCGACUGUUGGAAGUCAAGCAGAACAAUGGAUCAUUGGAAAGAACAACAACAGCCAUUGGAUGUUUGCUAUAUUCGGUGGUUUCAUAUUAGUUAGAAAUAGAUUGUACAAUUCUCCUAAGUUUAUUAAACUCGGAGCAAUUCUUGCAACAAUUUGGCCAUUGAUUCUUCCUUUGAAUGUUUUCGCUUUGGACAAGAAACCAGCAAUGUAUUGGAGCUGGGGAUACGUAGCAAAUGCUAUAAACAUAUUCCAGUUUGAAGGACAACAAUUCGCUGUUUGGUACCUAUACUUUGUAGUGUUAGGUUUCGCUUUCAUUUCUUCAUCAAUUAAAGCAACAUUCUGCUUAUCGUGGGUGUUCGCUAUUGACUUGUUAGUUUACUUGGGAACAUUGGCUGGAUGUUCUUAUUACGCAUACAAGACUUGGUCAUGGUUUGGACUUGGUUUCGCUCUCACUUCUCCAUGCUUCGUUCUCAUCCCAAUUGUUUUGCUAGUUUUCACAAUCAUUUUCGUUAUGAAGUCUCUCAAAGGAAGAGAAACAAGAAAUAACGAAUUAUUUGACAAAUCUCUAGUGGAAUAA